UUGUAAUCGAACUCGAUUUGACCUAAUAUAAAAUAUAGAUUAAUAAUAAUGAAAAACUAAUACUCAUAAGUUACAAAAUUCGAUUUUAAAUGGACCUGAUAACUUGAAUGAAUGAUAAUCUGUAUGUUAAAUGUUCAAAAGGUUUGGUUGUCAAAGUUUGAGUUGCCAUAAGUUUGGUUGCCAAAGGUCGGUGAAUAUGCUUGUUCCUUGCCACAUUUGGAUUAUGUAAGGAAUAAUCCCAUGAAAUUCAACGGUUUUAUUCGAAUCUAAGUCUAAUCAGUCGAAUCAAUCAAAACCAAAAUUUCCUAGUGUAUGCCCAUUUGCAUCAUUCUUGAGUACUCUCCAAAUUGUUCUCAGUUGUGAUCCAUGCCUUUUCGCCGCUGUUUCUCUUCCUUCACCCUUUUCCUCAACACUUUUCUUUUAUCUUCUUUAACCAAAUCUUCUUCGACCACGACAACUAUAUAUACAUCAAUACGAUUGUGAUUUGCAAAACAAUUUGUACUUUCAAUCAAACUACAAUCUUCCAACAUCUUUUCGGCUGUUUUUCCUUCUAAAUUAUCUAUGGCUUCUGUCUAUCUAUCUCCUCCUUCUGCUGCUAUCUGCAAUUCUCAAGCUAGUAUAAACCAUGAUUCAUGGAAUAGAUUGAAUGCUACAAAAUUAAGCUUAGCUGGAGGAUUAAAGUCAAAUUUAGACAUGGUUUGUUUAGGGAGCAAAUCAAUGCGGAAGGGAAAGGGAACUUUUAGAACUUGGGCUGCUGUUGUUUCUGGAGAAGGUGACCUUUUCUCUUACUCGAGCAAUACUGGUGUCUUGGGCCACAAUGAGAUGCUAGCUGAUGCUGUAGCAUUAGGGGCACUCUCUGCAGAUACCGCUCCAACAUCUGUGGGGUUCGCUAUGGAGGAUGAUGAGUGUGAUUUAGAUCGCCCAACUCCGGGCUUUGCUUCCAUUCCUGAGGCUAUUGAAGAUGUUCGUCAAGGAAAGAUGGUAAUUGUUGUAGAUGAUGAAGACAGAGAAAAUGAAGGAGAUUUGAUCAUGGCAGCGGAGUUAGCGACACCAGAAGCUAUGGCGUAUUUCGUUAAGCAUGGAACUGGAAUUGUUUGUGUUAGUAUGCAAGAAAAAGACUUGGAGAGACUGCAACUUCCUCUUAUGGUAGCAAGCAAGGAUAAUGAGGAGAAGCUUUGCACAGCAUUUACUGUGACUGUCGAUGCAAAACAUGGUACAACUACCGGUGUAUCUGCCAGUGAUCGGGCAAUCACAGUGAAAGCCCUUGCAUCAAGGGAAUCCACGCCUGGGGACUUCAAUCGCCCUGGCCAUAUUUUUCCAUUGAAGUAUAGAGAGGGCGGUGUUCUGAAGAGAGCAGGACACACUGAAGCUUCUGUUGAUUUUGCUAUGUUAGCUGGACUAAAUCCUGUUGCAGUAAUUUGCGAGAUUGUGGAUGAUGAUGGCUCAAUGGCUAGAUUGCCUAGGCUUCGAGAAUUCGCAGAGAAGGAAAACCUCAAGAUUGUAUCUAUUGCUGAUCUAAUAAGAUACCGGAGGAAGAGAACCCAAUUAGUAGAACGUUCUUCAGCAGCGAGGAUCCCUACGAUGUGGGGACCUUUCACAGCUUACUGUUACAAGUCGUACCUUGAAGGCAUAGAGCAUAUUGCAAUGGUUAAGGGAGAAAUAGGAGAUGGGCAGGAUAUUUUGGUGAGAGUUCAUUCAGAAUGCCUUACAGGAGACAUAUUUGGUUCAGCCAGAUGCGACUGUGGAAACCAGCUUGCUCUUGCAAUGAAGCAGAUAGAGGCUGCUGGAAGGGGAGUGUUGGUCUAUCUACGUGGGCAUGAAGGCAGGGGAAUCGGUUUAGGGCAUAAACUUCGUGCGUAUAAUCUGCAGGAUGCUGGUCGUGAUACUGUCGAAGCCAAUGAAGAACUGGGAUUGCCUGUUGACUCAAGAGAGUACGGAAUUGGUGCACAGAUAUUGGGGGAUUUGGGUGUCAGAACAAUGAAAUUGAUGACGAACAACCCAGCAAAAUAUGUAGGGCUCAAGGGCUAUGGCCUUGCUGUAUCUGAGAGAGUACCUCUUAUCACUCCCAUAACCAAGGAAAAUCAAAGAUACCUGGAAACUAAGCGUAAGAAGAUGGGUCAUGUCUAUGGCCUAGACUUAAUUAGCAAUGGUAGUCGUUCGAAGACUGAAAAUGACAAACCCAACACGAACAGUUCACCAGAUGCUGCAGUUUAACUUGUAGAAUAGUCUUGCUAUGAUGUUUUCACUAAUUGAAAUCCAGAAGCAAUGCAUUUGGUAGCUGCUUCACAAUCAGAAUGCGCAAUAUCAGCUGAUUGUCUAUUACUUUUAUAGUUUUUCUGUAUUAAUCAAGAAAGAUCCUUGAUGUUUUUGUAAUAUGAUAUCAUUUUUUUCUCUUCUUUAUGUGUAAAAUAGGUUUGAGAAAGGAUCAAGAAUGUAAUUUCGUCUACUUUUCAUUCAAUGAAAUAACGAGUUUUUGCAUAAAAA